CCAAUGCCUGACUAAUUUUCUUCUCAUUUCUCUUUCUUUCCUUCAAAAUUCAAGAACCCCUCUGGAAUGCUAAGAAAUUUCAAUUUCAAGAAUCCCUUUGAAAUGCUUGGAGGUUUCUCUCAGGACUCCAAUUCAACUUCUACAACUUCUAGAGAGGGAUUAAUGGUUGUUGGGUUGCAAACCAUUGUACAGAUAUCAUCAUCGGAAGGAAAAUCCAAAUCCAAAUCCAAUGUUGUUUUAAAAACUUCAAUGAAAAAAGUAAAUCAUCAUCACCUUCCUCCUGCUUCUUCAGCCACCACCAUUGAAUCUUAUUGCUACCUCAAAUCUUGUUAUUUAUGCAAAAAGAAGUUGAGCCUACACAAAGACAUCUACAUGUACAGGGGAGAUCAAGGCUUUUGCAGCAUAGAAUGCAGAAACAGGCAGAUUGUUUUGGAUGAAAUGAAAGAACAAGAAAUAUCUAACAAGCAAAUAACAAAAUCUUAUAGGCACUGCAGUGCUUCUGGCAGGCACGAGACUCGCCAACUCGUAGAGGAUCUUCGCCGGAGACAUAAGCCAGUUCCUCAUCAGAAGCACAGGGCACUAGCUUCUUAGUUAAUAGACCUUUUUCUUCUCCUACUUAUUUUUCUCUUUUUUCCUCUUGUACUGCACCAAUGGGAUAUUCAAAGAGAAUGUAAAGUGCAAAAGAAAGUGGCAUGGUGGGUGAUCUUCCUUUUUUUU